AUUCGGCGCUCGACUAGUAGUCGGAGUAGGGCAGCCAAAGUAAUUUUUUGAUUAUUAUAAUUAAUUGGUUUAUUUUAAAUUAGGUAUUAAGAAAAAAUCAAAACAUGGCUAUUAAUCUACAAUAUGAUGCCAUAGGCAAAAGUUUUGUCCAACAAUAUUAUAUGCUUUUCGACGAUCCCAUCCAAAGGCCUAAUUUGGUAAACAUGUAUAAUGUAGAACAUUCAUUUAUGACCUUUGAAGGCAAACAAUUACAAGGAUCUGCAAAGAUAAUGGAGAAAUUAAAUUCAUUAGGAUUCCAAAAUAUAAAUAGACAACUUACUGAAGUAGACUCUCAACCUAUGUUUGAUGGUGGUGUACUGAUAAAUGUAUUAGGAAGAUUGCAAGUUGAUAAUGAUCCACCGCACGCUUAUACCCAAGUUUUUGUUUUAAAACCAUUAAAUGGAUCAUUUUUUGUUCAACAUGACAUUUUUAGGCUGAACAUACACAAUAGUGCCUGAUUUUAUUAUAUCUUCUCUCCUUCUUUAUGUUGUAUGUUCGAAUCAACUGAAAAUAUGCAAUUUUUAAAAUCUUCUCUUUUAUGUGUUUCUGCUUAAUAUGAAUUCACAAUAAUAAACUUAUUUUCU